AUGUCGACGUUGAAACUGGUUUCUAGAAACACGGACGAGAUCACGUUUGCGGAUCUGGGAGAAGAACAUGACUACAAGAAGUUCGACUUUUGGACUCUUGCCAGCUACGUUGGCAUGCUAAUCGAGCUUGGUUUGUCGAUCGGGUUUUUGGCUUCAGAUAUUUACACUUUGAUCCAGAUCUACGCUCUCAACGACUGGGACAGCUACCAUGCCAUCAGUUACGUGCCUCUGUUGGUGUAUCGGGUCGUGUUUACCGUCUGUAUCGGACUCUCCAUGGUGUGGAUGAUCGCCAACUGGUGCUAUGGGGCCCAUAUUUAUAAAACAAACAGCAUUGUGCGGUCGCAUUUGAACGACAUGGCGCGCCAAAUCCACUCGCUCAAGUCGUACGAGCGGUUUUGCAUUUACGAACGCUCAACUACAAAGUCCACCUUCGAUUGGGCAGCAUUGACGAUCUACAGAUCCUUCCAUUUUAGCAUCUACCUGUGGCUCUUUGCCGACACCCCAAGACAGAUCCUGAACGGGGCCACCAUCGCAUACUCGAUCUCGAACUCGUUCACGUCCAGCGAUAUCGUUCAGAUCGUCGUGGAGAUCGGCAAGUCCAACAAACGAGAGGCCGUGCUUCUUUCGUUCAUGACGUUCUCGUUUGUCGUUUGGCUCAUAUUCACAGUCAAGAACAUUCUGGCCGUGCUGGGCUCGUUCUACAUUGUGCCCACAGUGCACGGUCGCCACCAUAUGACGCUCAGGAAAUACUGUCGUUCUUUGGUGGCAGGAAGCGUGUUCGAACUGUACGAGAAACACGAAAUGGAGCUCAGAAAGAAGCAGCAGGUCCUGUCCAAGCUCGACUUCAAGAGAGACGAUCCAUUCGACUCCAAGUUCGACCUGCAGCAGCCAACGUACUCCAAGUCUGCCAUCGAGAUCAAGAACGUUUCCAACGACUCGCUGCCAAGUUUCCCCGAGGAUCCGUUCAACGACGUGAUUAGCGUCUCGCACACCAAACAAAACCGCGCUCUGGCCGAAAAGCUGGAAAUCCCAUACCCUCAAGAGCUGGUUCUCAACGACUCCUAUUCUUCGGACUCUGGUUCUUUUACGCAAAAGUCCGGCUCCUACGCGUCCCGCAAGACAAGCGACCACUCCAUCAGCUACCGACCGGUCGAGAACCCGUUUGCUGAUCGCAACAUCUACAGCUCUGCUUCUUUGGACCAGACGUUAAAGAGAUAUACGUAG